AUGCUAGCCUCCGUUCUCUUUGGAGCUGCCAUCUUGUAUGCUCUAUAUCGCUUUGUCAUCGCACCCGUGUUCUUCUCCCCGCUGUCGAAGAUACCAGCUGCUCAUCCGACUGCAUCGUUCACUCCUGCGUGGAUACUAUGGACACGAUGGUGCAGCAGAGAGAACACGACUGUUCUUGCCGCUCAUGAACGACUCGGUCCCCUGAUCCGUCUUGGUCCUAACGAGAUAAGCGUGAACUGUGUCAAUGGAGGCAUUAGAACGGUGUACACUGGAGGGUUCGAGAAGGGCGAAUGGUACUCCAACGCCUUCUCAGCGUACGGAGGAGUGCACAACAUGUUCUCCAUGGAGAAGCGCGACAUUCACUCUGCGCGGAAACGCAUGAUUAGCAACGUCUACGCCAAAUCGUCGCUUCAAGCCUCGCCGGCACUCCGCGAAAUCGGCGAAACGAUUCUAUGCGGUCGCAUGCUUCCCAGGAUCGCUGCUGCUCCUGGAGGUGUCUUGGAAGCCUACGAGCUCUUUUCCGCCGUGACUUUGGAUGUCGUGACCUCGUACAUCUUUGGUCUUGAACAGGGGUCCAACUUCACCGACCAUCCAGAGGUCGGCGCAAAAUGGCUUCACGACUACAAGAGCCGCCAGCCGUACUUGUUUUGGAUCCAAGAGAUGCCAAAUGUGUUCCAACUCUUCUCCAAACUCGGUCUCGGUGGAUGGCUGAUCCCGGACUGGGUGGACCGAAAGAGCGUGGCUAUCGAGGAACAAUGCCUGGAAUGGUGCGAUGCUGCAGAAGCUGCAAUACUCUCGGGGAAAGCGGCGGAAUCUGCUCGAUACUAUCCCACUGUGUACGGUCAACUGAGAAGCAUGCUCAAGAAGCAGGAAAAGAGCGCAGAGAAGCUGAACAGCCAGCUCAGCCAAGAGCAGAGGCUGGACCUGGCCUCUGAGAUGCUGGACCAUCUGGCCGCUGGAUUCGAUACGUCUGGAAUUACACUGACCUACCUUGCUUGGGAACUCAGUCGUCCUUGCAACCUCGAGGUACAAUCAGCACUGCGGAAGGAGCUGCUUUCGAUACGGCCAAUUCAUCCUCCCACGUCUGCAGAGUCUUCCACAGCUUUGCCAUCCUCGAAGGAACUCGAUGAGCUUCCGUUGCUUCACGCAGUGGUGAUGGAAACUUUGCGCCUCCACGCGGCAAUCCCAGGAGGGCAACCGCGCGUGACACCAGCGACCAUCACUUUGGGCCCACCAGGCGACGAAGUCCACGGCAUUCCAGCCGGUGUACGAGUUGUCUCAGCAGCACACUCGCUCCACCGAAAUCCCGAGGUAUUUCCCGAACCCGGCCGCUGGCGUCCCGAGCGCUGGCUCGACGAGCAAGGUGGUGUGGACGGCGGUGGCGAGAAGACACGAUGGUUUUGGGCGUUCGGUUCUGGCGGAAGAAUGUGUGUCGGGAGCAACCUGGCAGUGCUGGAGAUGAAGGCCAUUGUGGCCCUCGUAUGGUCUAACUUUGAGACGACGGUAGUUGACGAUGCCGGCAUGGAACAUGUUGAUGCAUACCUAGCUGAGCCGCGGGGUGCUUCAGAUGGCAGUUUUCUACGUUUGCGUUGUGGAAAGAUCUGA